AUUUUCAUCAUUCAUUAAUCAUGUGCAAUCAAAGCUAUGUCCAGUGCAAUAUAGAAUGACAAAUCGUAAAAACAGCAUUGAUCUCGUCAUCACGUGUGAGCAAGUAUGGGAUGCAAGCCGUGCAAGUGCUGCGGGUGUUUCGGCAGCCGCGAUGACAUCCCUUACUUCAUCGACGCCAACGCGCCGAUGUCCCGGCCGCUGUCCAAGCGGAAGGCGAAAGCCGCGGCCAAGGAACGGGAGAAGGAGAAGGAAGAAUACCGUAAGUCAAAAGGAAAGUCCCCGAAAGCUAAAGUUAGCUUGAGGACGAGACUCUUGGGAAAGAAAGACAAGAAAGGGAAACCAAAGAGGGGAGAUUCAUGGAGUCGAAGGCCGAGCGGACAAGUGCAAUAUUCACAUAUUCCCGAUCGGGACAGCGAGGAUAUUAACUCGGAGGAUUUCUCUCUGAUUUCUGAAGUUUUAGUGGAAUCCGAUGGCGCCCGAGGUGGCCAGACCUUGCAGGCGAAGGAGGCCCUCAUGGCCUGGGCCCAGCGCAAUGUCAAGGACUAUCCAGGAGUUCAGGUCAAAGAUUUUGGGCGGAGCUGGAGAGAUGGAUUGGCGUUCAAUGCCAUUAUACACAGGAACAGGCCUGACUUGAUUGACUUCCAGUCCCUGAAGCCAUCCGAGCACCGGGCCAAUCUGGAACGUGCCUUCAGUACUGCAGAGAAACACCUUGGAGUUACUCGUCUCCUCGAUCCAGAAGAUGUGGAUGUCCCCAAACCAGACGAUAAAUCCAUCAUGACCUACGUGUCGUCUCUCUACAAUGUCUUCCCCAAAGUCCCUGAGAGCAGUACUUCAUUCUCUUCCUCAGAGGUGAGAUGACCUUUGAACUUUGACCUCUAUUGACUCGCAGGUCAAUGAGCUGUUAAUCUUGACAUCAGCUGUAACCUCAAUGUUCAGUCUAACUUUCAGAAUUGGUUACAUGUAUAUCCAUUAUUAUGUAUUAUGUUUAUUUCUAGCACUUCACUGUACUUUAACAGCCUGCGACCUCUUGACAUUUUGACCUUUGACAUCUAAAUAACAUAAUAGGUUGAAAGCACUUUCUCUUCAAUAAAAAUGAGAUGUAUACAUGUACUAUGCAGCUCCAAGACAACAUGAAGCUAUGUUGUAUAAACCAGGCGCUCUGAUUGGUGGAAAUUCAUACAGCCAGGAAGAACUGCAUGAGAGGAAGGAGCUGAUACGUUCACUUGCUAACAAAUUAUUUGUGAAAUUAUAAGCAUGAAAAGCUCUAACAAUCAAAGCAAAAGCAAACAAUAAAUUGGAUCCGUUGUAGGAGUUAAAUGUAAUCAAAUGUUGCUUUUAUCAUUUCAUGUUGUAAAUGUAAGUGUCAUGAAACACAAAAGAAAGGAAUCCCAUGAUUUGCAUUGACCUCGGGAAGUGUGGUAUAAAAUACAUCAAAUUUGUUAAAUGCAUCUUUAUUUCAAAACUUUUGAACAUGUUUUCAUUAAAGCCAAACUUUUUCAAUGUGUGUAUUGCUACUCUUAAUUAUCACAUUACAUUCACAUCCCAUUUGAAAUGCCUUAUAUUUUCCAAAUUACUUAUGGUAUUUCUGGAAAUACCUUAACUCUUCUUGAAAACAUGACCCAAAGUGCAAAAUUUAAGUUGAAUUCUAAUUUUCUUUCCUGUUUUAUUUUACCCUCCAUUUCUCAUUAUUUCCUUUCCACCAAAUUACAUUCUUUCCUUUAAAUUGGUACCAUUAUACUUCCUUGUGGUGUAAUGUUAUUUCUAUUUUGACAAAUGUACAUGUAUCCUCAAUUAUUCUCAUAUUCAUCAUGCUUGUUCAUUCUCUGGUAAUGUCCUCCACAAUGCAAUUUCAUUUGGUACCUGUUACACCCUGAUUUUUUCCCAAUCUGUCAAAAAUAUUGCUGAAUCCCUUUUUUUUUCCUGGUCGCCUUCGUUACCCCUGGACAUGGAUUGGAUUGUUUUUUUUAUACCCCUCUUCAAUUGAUUCUAUGGGCGGUGUAAAUUUUAUAUUUCGCUUACCUUUGAAAAUGCACCUUCAUUUGGCACCCUUAUUGUGCAUCAUCCUUCUGUGUGUGGUGCAAUUUAUCUUUCUCUUUCCUUUCGUAAUACACCUUCAUUUUGCACCUUUGAUCUACGACGCCCUCUUUGUGUGAUACCAUAUAAAUGCACCUUCAUUUUGCACCUUUGAUAUACAACACCCCUCUUUAUGUGAUACCAUAUAAAUGCACCAUCAUUUGGCACCUUUGAUAUACAACACCCCUCUUUGUGUGAUACCAUAUAAAUGCACCAUCAUUUGGCACCUUUGAUAUGUACCAUCCCUCUUUGUGUGGUACCACAUUAAUGCACCCUCAUUUGGCACCAUUGAUGUGCAUCGCCCUUCUUUUUGCGGUACCAUAUUUUUCCUUCACUAUCCUUCAUAAUGCACCCUUUUUUUGACCCGUUUAAUGCGCAUCAACCCUCUUUUCAUCCAUUGGUGGUGGUAUUGCCCCCACCAACUCUUCCAUUACACCAUCCCCUCCCUCAAAUCAUCCAUCUUUUCAUUCUCUUCACAUCAAUUUGUUGCCUUGCCCGUCUUCCUUUUCAAACUUCAUAUGGUAUAUUCAUCUUGCUUUCAUGGGAAUGUAAUGUACAUUUGAUUUUUGGGGCAAUCGGUUUAUCAAUUAUCACUGAUUUUUCUCUCUUUUUUUCCCAUUAUUCUUGUCGGGGUCUCUGCAAUUACCAUAACAUCUUCCUGAUACUUUCGUCAAUCAUUACAUUAUGGGAAUUUCAUGUGGCAUUUUACAAUGCUAUCUAUUUUCUCGGUUUCGGUUAUGAAUCUACUCUGAUUGCUAUUUGCGUCAAUUCUAUCAACCCACUAUGUUGUCAUGGUAACCUUGAUG